UGAUCCCCUUCGAACACAUUACAGAGCACACACUUAAACCAGCAGCAGCAUUUAGUCACACACUUUCUAUCACAAUGGAGAGAAUACUCUUUCUGCUGGGUCUUGUGGUUUUGACUACAUCCUUCACCAUACCGCGUUCCAGUGAAGUACACGAGGUGUACGUGAAUGGAGAAGAUGAGAACCCCAUCCUGAACAUUGAUUCUGAUGCCGACCUCUUUGAGGGAGACAUUUUGCUUCCUAAAGGAAAGAAUGCCCUGGUCAACCAAAGAUAUAGGUGGAAAUUUCCAAUCCCUUACAUUCUUGGGGAUGAUUUAGAUCUGAACGCUAAAGGUUGCGUCCACCAGGCGUUCGAGAUGUAUCGUCUCAAGUCUUGUGUCGACUUCAAGCCGUAUGAGGGAGAGAAAACGUAUAUCAAGUUUGAGAAGAGGGGAGGGUGCUUCUCGAGCGUUGGCGACCAGCAGAAUGGUCAGAUCUUGUCUUUGGGAACAGGCUGCGACCAUAAGGCUGUGAUUGAACAUGAGCUGCUGCACGCUCUGGGAUUUUACCACGAACAGUCCCGUACAGACAGAGAUGACUACGUUGACAUUUGGCUGGACCAGGUGACACCAGGACUCGAGCACAACUUCAACAAAUACAACGAUGACUUCAUCACCGAUCAAAACACGGCGUACGACUAUGAAUCCGUCAUGCAUUACCGACCCUUCUCCUUCAACAAGAAUGAAUCCAUUCCCACCGUCACCACCAAAAUCCCAGAGUUCUACAACAUCAUCGGCCAAUACCUUGACUUUAGCAAGAUGGACACCCUGAGGCUCAACCGGAUGUAUAACUGUUCCGGCCCUCUCACCCUUCUGGAUCAGUGUUCCUUUGAGUAUGCAAGCAUCUGUGGGAUGAUCCAGUCUUCUAAUGACGAUGCCGACUGGGUCCAUUUGAAGAGCAGCGCAGGGGAUGAGGAUCAUACACUCCUGGGAAGGUGCAGAGAUGCAGGGUACUUCAUGUACUUCAACACCCGGACCGGAGACCCUCUGCAGUCUGCUCUACUAGAAUCCCGAACCCUUUACCCCAAAAGGAAGCUCCAGUGUCUGCAGUUCUUCUACAAGAUGACUGGAAGCGCCCAAGACAAGCUAGUUGUAUGGGCCAAGAUGGACGAUGGCACCGGCACUGUCCGGAAAAUGAAGAAAAUACAUACCUUCUAUGCCGAUUCUGAACACUCUUGGAAGAUCGCCCACGUUCCAUUGGAGAUAGACGUUAAGUUUCGCUAUGCUUUCCAAGCCACGCGCGGAGACCCCACUGCUUCCACUGGAGGCAUCUACAUCGACGACAUCAGCCUGACGGAAACGCACUGCCCAAACGCAGUGUGGACAAUCCGUAACUUCUCCAAGAUCAUGGAAAUGGCUAAUGUCAACACUGUUCUUGACAGCCCUCGCUUCUACAGCCGUGAAGGCUACGGUUACGGCAUACGUAUCAUGCCGUUGACCAGUUACAGUGAUUACACUGGGAACUACGUAGGGCUCUACUUCCACCUGACCAGUGGGGAGAAUGACGCUGUGAUGAAGUGGCCAGCUGUCAACCAUCAAGCCACCUUGGUGGUGAUGGACCAAGACCCAGAUAUUCUGCAAAGGAUGUCUUCUGCUCGCAGCCUCACAACUGAUUUGACGACAACAUCAGACGGACAGUUUUUGUGGGACAAUCCCUCCAAGGUCGGAAAGUACGACCCUGCCUGUCAGUGCUACCGCGGUACAUCAUGGGGCUGGAGGAACUUCAUCAAGCACUUUGACCUCAGGCGGCGCAAUUACCUCAAGGAUGAUGACCUCAUCAUCUUUGCUGAUUUUGAAGACAUAACAUCACUCAUCAAAACAGAAGUUCCUAUUGUGUCGCAUGGCUAAGGAUUUUAUACUGGUAAGUAAUUACAAACUGCAUUUGGUUGGAGUACGUGGAGCUGGAAUGAGAAGAAACAUCUGUGAAGAUGACGGCACAGGAUGUAUUACAGGAUAUUACAAUGCAUUAUGAAAUGUCAACAAAAGCCUUAAACAAGAAUGUGGUUCCAUAAACAAAUCUCAUUUGUUUUGACGUGUAGGAGGAUGUAUCUUGAAGAAAAAAAUUGUGUUUAAUAGAAAAUAAAAAUAAAAACAACUCAAGGGGUCUUAACAAAUAUAAUACUUAAAUACUUAUGCAAAGUACUAAUAAAUUGUUCCUCUACAUUUUUCUUGCUGUAGGUGAGAUGUAAACAGACACUGACUAGAAAGUUACACACAGACUUGAGUUGACCCCCUUCUUCAAAUCAAAUAAAAUCAGUGUUAACCAUUUGUGCAGCAAAAAUAUUCUGUUUGUGCCGCUAUCGUUUUAACAAUAUUAAAUGUUUCCAGAGGUUA